AUGGAAAAAGGUACCGAAAUUUUAAACGAACACUUUUAUUUUAAACCUCUUCAACAAGAAGUAGAUAGAACUAAAGCUAUUUGUAAACACUGCAAAGCGGAAUUUUCUUAUCAUCGGAGUACUUCAAGUUUGAAGUAUCACUUAAAUGCAAUGCACACCGUUGAUGCUAACAAAUCAUCCACCCAAAAAAACAGUGGAGGAAACCUUCGGCAGACUACGUUAGAUGCAGCACGAGGAAGAACUACAGAGAAACAAAAGAAAGACAAGAUAACAAAUGCCAUUGCAAAGUGGGUAGCUACAAAUUGCAGGCCAACUAGUAUUGUGGAAGAUGUCGGUUUGAAGAAUGUUAUUCGGAUCGCAACGAAUGACUGCACGUAUGAGCCUCCGCCAAGACGCACCAUUGUAAGAAAAAUACAUGAACUGUAUGAAAACGAGAGGACUAUAAAGGCAACGGCAUUACAACGUGCACAAACUGUUGCCCUCACCGGAGACUACUGGACAUCGCUGGGUAACCAUAAUUAUCUCGGAGUAACUGUGCAUUACAUUGAUGAACAAUGGAAACUGCAUUCACAUGCUUUGACAGUAAUGAAGACACAAGAAAGACAUUUUGCUGAAACGUGCGCAGAACAUUUCAUUCAUGUUGCACAGCAGUGGGACAUUUUAAAUAAAGUCAGCACACUUAGCACAGAUUGUGCUAGAAAUAUUGUCGCUGCUGCAAGACAUCUGCCAUUUGAACGCGUCCCUUGUGUCGCUCACAGUCUUCAGCGUUCUGUCACAGUAUCUUUGCACAACAGCGCGUUUGACAAUGCCCUGACUAAAUGCAGAAAGGUGGUGGGCCAUUUUAAACACAGUCCAGCAAGUGCUGCAGAAUUAGAAAAAAAACAAAUUGAGCUUGGACAAAAGAAGGGGUCGCUUAUACAAGACAUUCCAACCAGAUGGAACUCGACUCUGGACAUGAUAAAAAGUGUUCGCAGAAACGAACAGCCACUGUACGAUGUCCUCACCACACACAACACAAAAGUUGCUAUGCCAACUCCAGUUGAAAUGGACAAAUUGCAGAGGUUGGAAAAGCUCCUAGAACCCUGCAGGUAUGUGACUGAACUUCUGGGUGGAGAAAAGUACGUUUCAUGCUCUGUGGUUCUGUCUGCUUUAUGCCAUCUCUCUCGGGAACAGAGGGUUAUUGCAGAUGAACCUGUGGAAGCAGCAUCAUCAAAGCCAUCAAAGAGAAAAUUUGCUCUAUUGGUUGCUUCAUCAGAGUCUGAUUCUGAACAAGAGGAAGACUCAAUUGAAAACGGUGUGCGUCGGUACAAAGCAGAGCCCACCAUCAGUACAGAGGCCUGUCCAUUACAGUGGUGGUCCAAACAUGCAGGCUCACACAACAGGCUGGCCUCAAUUGCACAGAAGUACUUGGCAACACCUGCAACAUCUGUUCCUUGUGAAAGAUUGUUUUCUCUUGCUGGUCAUAUUGUACAAAAGAAGAGAGUUUCUUUAUCAUCUGAAAAUGUAAAUUACCUUGUUUGUCUUAGUAACUGGCUUGGUGCAGAUGAACGCGAUCGAGAAAAGCUAGAGAUAGAACGUAUGCUCAACCUUACAAAAGAGGAGGGCAGAGAAGAAUUACGUAGAAAACCUAAAAUAAUUACUAACAAAGGAACAAAGGGAAAGUACAUGCUUCUUCAAAAAUAUUACCACAGAGGAGCAUUUUUCAUGGACAAAGAAGAAGAUAUAUUCAAACGCGACUUCACUGGCGCAACACUUGAAGACCACUUUGAUAAAACAGUUUUACCAAAAGCAAUGCAAGUUAAAAAUUUUGGACGAUCUGGACGUACAAAGUAUACUCAUCUUGUUGAUCAAGAUACAGCUCAGUUGAAUAUUUUUCUUUGUGACACUUUGAAAACUUCUCAAACAAAACUUGGAAUUUUUUACAUAUGCCAAUCGCCUCCAUCUGAAUUGGAUGUUCUGGAAGGUUUGUAUGAUUAA